AGAAGUAGAAAACAACGUCAUGAAAAACGAGAAGAUUCAACUUCUGAGUCUUUUGAAAUCAGUUCACCUUCAACAAGUCGUUCUGCAGCAAGUGACUUGGAACAACCAGAACUUAUUGAAAUUCAACCUAAAAAAACACAAAGAAAGUCCAAAUUGAAUGAAAAGUCCUCAUUGAAAGCUGCAGAAACUGACAAAUAUAAUCGGAAAUCUCAUAUUCCAAAUUUCGAAGAAUUCGAAGAACUUAUGAAGUCAACUGCAGUACCCUCCGUUCCAGAUGUGCCCGACCAGUUGAAAGAAGAGCAAAAUUUUCCAGUGGCUAAAAUGAAAAAAUUUCCUGAUAAAGAUGAACCACCACAAUUGUACCCAGGUGAAGGGACGAAAUCAAACGAAACAGCCACAAAACAUACAAAUCCAAAAAAAAGAUUUGUUAAGGCAUUUGAAGAUUUAGAAAUGGAAGAAAAAAAGAAGUCAGAAAAGAAAGAGCCAGAAAACGCAGAUAACCCUUCUGUACAAUCAGAAAAACGUCGAAGCAAUUCAAGAAACGAUACAAGUAAUUUAACAGAUGUAAUAGAUAAGUGUAGUUUAAGAGACAAUACAAGUAAUAAUUUAACAGAUAUAAUAGAAAAGCCCGGUUUAAAAGAGACUCCAGACAGUUCGUCUAAAGAAAAUCAAAAUGCCAAAACUGACAUAGAAUCAAAUACUGAAAAAUCAGAGGAAGCAAAAGGCCUUGAAGUGUUAAAAUUGAAGUCUCAAUUAAGGACAAAAUUAGCAGAAAGUACUGAAGAAAAGGACCAAAUCAUACCAAAAUAUAAAAAAUUUGAAAUGAAAAGGACCCCUCAAAAAUGUACUGAGACAAGUGAGCAAACAGGACCAUCCACAAGAAGUGUAGCAGAAAAAGCAGCAAAACGUCCAGUGGAAUUCGAAGCACAAGAUAAAACUUCAGAUGCUAUUGUAGUUGAUAAACAGGAACAACUAGGAAAAACGAACACCAAUGAUGGUUGUAGUUCCAACUCCACCAGUCAAGAUUGUUUGGUUCGUAAAAAAAUCGAAAUCAUACCAAAAAAUCACGGAGAAGUUAACAUCACUUUGACAAAAGUGGUGGAAAACAAUAAUGCCAAAGGAAACGUUCCUUUUAAGAAAUAUCUGUACAGCAGAAGGCAAGGGAGAUACUCUGUGAAAUAUCGAAGUAGAUUAGCGUAUCUUGACGCUCCAAAACCGUCUACUCCUGAUAACAUCGAUCAGUCUUCUCAAGAUGGAAAACCCUUAGGAAAUGACAAAUCUAUUGUAAGUCCAGUUAGCGUUCCUACGGUAGAAGAAAUCGAAUUUCCAAAAACUUCCAUACAGAGAACCGUCAAUAAACAAAGUUUAAGACAGAAAUGUCUCUCUGAAAAUACUCACAAAAGUGAAAUUCCGUCAAUUGAAGAACAAGAAAGCCAUACUAACAUACAUGAAGAGGCACACCAACAGAAAGCUAAAACUGAUAAUGUGGUUUUGACUUCUUUCGAUAAAGAAAUUGAUAAUCUAGCUUAUAACGAGGAAUCGUCUUCACAUACAAAAGAUGAUACAGAUGCAUCAAAACCAGUCGAUUUUCAUAUUGAACAGAUAAACGACAACGAGGAAUUAGUAGUGGAGAAUGAAGGAGAUAAAUUAAUUGAGACGACUACCAAUGCUGUUCAAGAGGAAUUAAGUAGUAACAGUAUUCAACGAUCUAAGAAAAAGGUAUCUAAAUCACAGAAAAGUUCACGUCAAAGAAGAAAUACAAGAAAAACAAAACGAGAUCAAGAUUUAGAUACAUAUGAAGAAAUGGAUAUACAAAAUGCUGAUAAAUUAGAAUUUAAUGAGUCGCCUUUAAAUCAGGAAGAAUCAAACAUUACAAGCGGUAUUUUAAUUGAAAAUAUUACUGACGAUAAUAAAAUGAACGUUGAUUUGCAAGAAUCUUUGGAAGAAUACGUUGAUAUUAUGACAGUGACUCCUAAAAAGAAGAAAACGUUUGGAAAACCAAUGAGCAUCAUUGAACCACUGAAGUCUGAUAUUAUUUUUGCUGAUAAUUCAGAAAGUGUAUUGGAAUCUAAACGGACUACCAUUGAAGAGUCGGUAAUUUUGGAUAACACCUCUACUGUUAACUUAAAUGAAAAUUUGAACGCUGAAAUUAUUGAAGAGAAAAAAGAUAAAGUCUCUGUGCCAGAAAAUUUAAGUGGUACAAAUAUUACUGAAACUGCAAGCGGCGUCUGCAAUGAAAUAGUUAUUUCUGAAAAGCAAACGUCAAGUGAACAACUACCUUUACAAGAACUUGAGGAUAAAAAUGAACCAUCUGACUUAUCAGAAGAGAACUUAGUUGGAGAAAAUAUGCAUGGAGAAUCGAAAAAUUCCAAAAUUGAAGCAUUUAACGUGGAUAAACCAGAAAAAGAAGAUGAAAUUGUUAAUAAAGUACCCCUUGAAAUUCAAGAGGAAGUUGUAGCGCCUCCAGAACCAUCGAUUGUCAAUAAAGAUAAUGAACUUCAACCAAUUAUCAAACCUCCAAGUGAAGAUGAAGUUGUUAAGAAAACUGAUGAAAUCGUAGUUUCUGAGGAACAUUCUGAAAACUUAAGUGAAAAACCACAAAAAGUUCUCGUCGAAACGAUAGAAGUAAGUAAUGAUUCGAAGGAAACUUUGACAGAAGGCCAAACUGGAAUAAAAAAUGAAAUAGAAGAUAUACAAAGUAAUACUUCCACGAAAAAAAACGAUACUGAAUCGUUAACAGAUUUAAAUGGCUCCGAACGACGAUCAAUUGAAGAAACCGAUAAGGUCUUGGCUAGUGUUUUUGUAACGACUCCAGCAAAUGAAAAAGAAGAAUUGUCCGCCUUGUCCACUUUGGCAGCUGUAUCCGAACUAUCACCCCCUUUAGAGGAACAGACAAGUCUUGAAAAAAUUAAAGCAAUCGAAGCUAAUCUUACUGUUGUUUCUCAAACGGACUUAGAAAAUGUUCAAGUGGAAAUAGUAAAUACACCUGAAUCUAAGCCAGUUACAUUAACAAAUUUCUCUGUAGAUUUUACAGAUGGCAAACAAUCAGAAAUAAUCGAAAAACCGAAAUCAAAACAAUGUAUGGAAUCUUCUAAUACAGAAAUUCCUCCUGAAGAACUACCCUAUGUUACAAAAAAAUCAACAUCUGAUAUGUGCCGUUUCACAGAUGCUGAUGCUAAUGACCUGGAGGACAAAAUGACUUCAUUAAUAACAAGUAACAAGGAAAAUUCUGUACAAUCAAAAUCAAUCACAGAAUCUGAUCAGGCGAUGACUUCUUCAAAACUGCUUGAAAUUUUAACUGACAAUUCUAAGAGUAUAACGAAAUCUUUUGCUGCACCUGCCAAUGAGAAUAUUGCUAUUCCGCUUUCCAAAACACAUAUCACUUCCUCAAAGGAUAGCAAACAUAUUCAAGAAAUUAAAUUGUCAGAACCGACCAUUUCUAUUAAAGAAACAAAAUAUGUUCAAGAAACGAAAGCACAAGAAAUAAGGAGCACAAAGAGCGUUGUUAAAUCAACAGUACCUGAAAGAAAACCUUCGGUAACAAAAACCCCUAAACCUGCCAUAUUUACCGAAAAGAUAAUGAAACCUUUUUCGGCAACCGAAACUGUAUCUGUUCAGAAGGUCACAUCUAAACGAACUAAUAAAGACAUCGAAGAUAUUGAUACUUACAUAAUACAGAAGCCAACUAAAAAAUUAGCUUUGGAUUCAGAUUUACCUUUACAGUCGACAUUCUCAACCGCUACCCCUGUAAUUAAAAAAACCGUUUCAACACCAAAAGGUCGGGGUAAGGCAAAAAUUUUGCAACAAACAAUCAUAACUCCUGCUGGAGAUGUCAUCCAACCAACUGUUGCACAAACACAACAAUCAGAGGAUUCUGUAUUUGAUAUUAAUUCAAUGCCUAUAGUAUUAGGAGAUCAAAUUCUAACUCCUGAAUCUAUAGAAAACAUGCCAGUUGUUAUAUCGGAAACCGCUAUAUCCGUAACCCCAAAAAUCGCUACAGAAAAAGUUACUGUAGUAAAAAAAUCAACACCACAGGUAAAAACCAUCAACAAAAUCCCUACAAUUACUACAUCUCAACCAACCAUAAUACGAACGUACGCUUCUGCACAAAAGAUAACCAAAGGUCAGAAAAACUAUCAAGUGGCAUCUUCAAAAAUUAUAAAAAGUUCUCCGGCAAUUAUGAGUCAGCCUAGUAAACCAGGAAAAUUCAUUAUAGUUUCACCAAAUGCAGCUAGCACUUCGAAAACUAUUGCAGGGAAAAAGCAAUUGGCAAAACAAUCAGUUAUUCUUCCUGCAACAUCAGAAACUCUCGAACCUGUUGGGAACAAAAUAAUGAUUGUAACAAAUCAGCAGGGACAACAGCAACGAGUUCUGCUAACUCCAGCACAACAAAAGAUGAUCGGAUACCAAUCGCCGAACACGAAACUAACCAAAGCUGCUUUAAAAAGUGGUAUAAUGACAAAAUCAAGUAAAAGUCUUCCAGCAAUUGUUAGUCAGCAUUCUGGAAACAUAAUCGCUCAAACCACAAUAAACACCAAAGCUCAAGCCAUUGCUGGAAAUCAAACUUUCAUCUCCUCUGGUGGACAGGUGCUUAUACCAAUCACGCAAGCAAAACAGCGAAUCUCUAAGUCAGACGUAAGCAAGGCAGGCGGGAAGAAAAUUCAAAUGCCUGCUGCGAAGGGACGCUUGCAAGAAGCACUAAAAAGUGCUGGUGCUUCAAAGACAAUUGUUAUAAAAAAUCAACAAGGGCAGAUUGUUAAAAAGAUUCAAGGAACAGACGACGCCCUUUUGGAGCAACAAGUACAAGAACAAGUUCAAGCAAUCAAAGCUAGCAGCAGUUUUACUGCUCUUAAAACACAAAACAAAAUAGAAACGAUUAGCAAAACUAGUAAAUCUCCUACAAAACGUUCAUAUCCAAAAAAGCCCGGUACAUCAGAUAUUCUACAAAAACCAUUAACAGCAACAAUUAGUGCAACGCUACAUUCAGAUAUGCCACCCCCCUUAACUGCUCUAUCAUCUUCAUCAACAAAAAUUGAAUCUUGUAAAGUAACACAUGUUGAGGAAACUAAAAUGGAACAGCCAACAUUCUCUACUGAAGAAAAACCGAAAGAACAAAGUCCUUUAAAUGAACUCAUCAUACAGGACGCUCUUGGAAAUCAAAUGACCAUAACUGAAGGACAAAUACUGGCUCUUCCGAGUGAAACCGUUGACGGCCAAACGCAAUCUUAUAUGCUAGUAUCUCUAGACAAGUCGGGAAAUUUAACACCAUUAAAUAACGAAGCGUUGCUAUCUUUAGAUCCCAACCUUGCUAUUGGUGGAGGGGAUUUAAGCAACAUCGUUUUACAAGUCGAUGAUCGUGGAGUUGUUGUAGCUCCUGCACCUGCUUCAAUACCUGAAGGAAAGGAGAAAUCUAAGACUGAGUUACUAAAACCUUCUAUAGAAGAACAAGUUCAAAAGCCUGUUCUUCCUCUAUCUCAAGUAGAACAGGUACCAGUGGCUGUAACUGAUACAUCAAGUACAUUAACUUUACCAUCUACAGUAGAAGCACCAGCAGUCCCCAUUGGAACAGAAGAUAAUCAAACAAUAACAUGCAGCGUUGACACUGGUAAUAACCAACAACUGAUUAUAUCUGGCGAUCCUAUCAGCACACAAAAAUUCAUAGAGUCUUUAACAGAGGGUAAUACUGACCUCGCAAAUUUGUUAGCUGGUACCGAAGGAAACAUUCUCAUUCACACAGACGGACAACAAAUAUUAAUCAAUACAGAAUCUGAGAAUCAAUUACUUUUACCAGUUAACACUGGAAAUAUGGCCAUAGAAAGCACUGAAGGUGGCGGAAACCCAAUCUUUGCAACACAAUCGAACAAGAACCAAGACAUAUUAGCGGCUGCAUUGGCUGACACGGACGUGUUUCAACAAGAGCAACCGACUGUUCAAAGUAAACUGUCCCAAUCCCAACUAAGUCCAAACAGCACAUUAUUUCCUAUGAAUGUCGGAAACGUAUUGGAAACAAGUCUCACGUUAAGUUCACCGAUAAUGACCCCACUGGAGGUGCCAAGUUCCAACAGUAAAAAAAUUCCAGACGAAGAAAGCGAUAUUCUUACAACGGAAGUACCAAAAAACGUGGAUCUUCCAAUCACAAUAACCGAUCCAAACAUUUCCCAAACUGUUGCCCAGCAACAAGUUGCCACAUUGAUGGCAGCUGAGUUACAAAACAACUUGGACCUUCCUCUGACCAUAGCUGAUCAGGGCAUAUCUGUCUCUUCGACCGAAAUGAACAGCCCUUCAUACGUGUAUUCUUUGCCCAAUCUCGAUGAUUCCGUCGAGAUGAAUCAAAAGGCGUUUGGCAAUCCAAUUUCGAUGCCUCUCUUGAACGAAGAAUCUGAACUUACUAUCACCGAAAAAACAGACGAUUCAGAAAAGGCAAUAGCUGUUGAAUCGCAAACAGAAACUGUCAUUAACGACAAACCUAAAGAGUUAGAGGAGGAAGAUAACGAAAGGGUCGAAAGCAAUGAUGAUAAAAGAUCUCAUUCGCCCGUAAGUUCUAGCUUUAUGGAUGGCGGUCUUUGCACUUUGGGCGGAGCAAUGUGUAGUUCGUUAAGUGAACCACCACCAGAUAUGUUCGAUUUAUCAUCAAACUAUUUAACUGUUGACGAUACAAAGAAGAAUGAUGUACACAUUCCUGAAAAUAACUCAAACAGUAAUGAUUCACAACCGAAUUUCUCUAAUGAUAAUGUAUCACCCAUUGUGGAAAGUAUAGAAGAUGAAGAACGGUUUCGUUCUAACGGAAUUAAGAGGAGUAACUUUCUGAACGAAAAUUCGGUGCUAAGAAAUCGAUCCCCUAUUGCCAAUAUAGACGAGAAUUCAGAAGAAAUACCCUUGCAACCACUGAUUGUUGCACAUAUACCAGAUAAGGAGACCCAAGAAGUUGAUUGUUCAAGUUUAGAAUCUGAAAAGUCAGAAGGAAGUUCUGUCAGUCUGGUAACACAGCACGAAGGUGUACCUUCGUGCACAGAAAACUCUUCAGAUACACCCCUAUUAAACAGCGAAAGUUCAAUUUUAGAUUCGAGUAAGAGAAAAUUCGAUGAUGAAUUAGACUUAUCUACACAAAAAAAGCCCAGAGUUGAUUAAAUUUGGAAAUUCUAUUUUUUUUGUAAGAACGACUUGUAAAUAACUUUGGGAUACAAA